AUGUCGGAAAUACUGCCAAUUUCGUGUAUUUCAUGCCGUCGAAAAAAAAUUAAAUGUAAUAAAAAGAAGACUUGCAAUCAAUGCAUCAAACGUAAUAUUCCAUGUGAAUUUCCCUCAACUUUCCGGAAUAUUAGAAUAAAAGAACAGAUUUCCUCCUCAUCAUCCUCUCAAUCAUUGAUUGAUCCUCAACCCAUAAUAUUUUCCACUCUAGCCCCUCCUCAUCCAAUGCUGUCGGAAUCCUCGGUUUCUGUUUCAUUAAAAUAUGAUAAUCAAACAUCCGGCCAAUUUUCUAACAGAGACGACGAAGCCCUAGAUAAUGCUAAUGAAGUACAAAACUCUUUUCUUGCUUUAAGAAAUGAGUUGGAGUUUUUGAAAAGUGAAAAUUUACAAUUAUUGCAGGAUAACAUUAAACUUAAUCAACAAUUGACUCGAUUUUCUUCGGGCCAAAAUGAACCAAUUCCCCUAUCAACUACUCCAUUAGUUCCCACCUCGUUGUCAGAAAAUCCCAUUUCAAUGUCGGCUCCCGAUGUAGGUGAAAAGUAUUAUAGUUCCCAAUCUCCAUUCAUCAUGGACUCCAUGAAAGAUAGAAACGACCAAAUGUCAGGUCUGCUUAUUCAAAAAGACGGAUCCUUAGAAACUCCAACCAAACAUUCUUACUCUCCUAAUGUCAGAGUAAGACAGACGUCUUCAAAGAGACAAAAAUUGGAUAAUGCAAAUAUUACAAAUCCAGAUAUAUAUAUGGCGGAAAAUACUUCAUCAUCAUCAGAUUCAAAGUCAUUGGAGUGGGAGAGACAAAAUGAUAAUUCUUCCCAAGCAUCAUUGAAAGAAAAUACAAAUUUGGUAGAAAGAAGUUUAUCCAAGAAGUCCUUGCCAAUGUUAGUACUCAAUUUCAUCAAGCACGAUGAUCCUGAAUUAAGUUCAGAUUCUGAGACUCUUCAAGAUUUACAAAAACUGAAUUAUUCAAUAAUUAAGAGUUUGGUUGGUUUAUUUUUUGAACUCAAUAAUUAUUAUGCUUCAUUCAUUUCUAAGAAGCGAGUGAUUGAUUUUCUUGAUAGUUAUCAAGAUAUUAAAGACAAAGAAUGGGAACAUGAUGAUGAUUUAUUAGUUUUAUAUAUGAUUUUGUUAUUAGUGAUCCAAAGAUUGACUCCAAGGGAUUUUGUCGAAUUAGAAGUCUUACCUUUUUCUUCAAUUCAUUUGUUUAAGAAAUUCCGUAGCUACUUAACCAAUAAUGUAUUAUUCCAUAAUUUUGAGAAAUUGAAAAGAAAUUUGAUUAAUGAAUCUUUACUUACUAUACAAGCAUAUAUACUAUGUACCGAAUUUCAUUUUCUUGAACAGAGAUAUGAAGAGAGUUGGUCAACUAUGUUUCAUACUUGCUCAAUUGCAUACUCGAUUGGCUUACAUGUGAUGGGCAAAGUUAGGACUGGUAAUUCCUCAUCAUCAUCUAUUGGCUUACCUCGAGGCAGCAGCACUGAACUGACAGAAAGCAGUGAAAAAGAGUCAAAGGAAGAUUCUAGUGGAAACGACUCCAAUGAUGAAGAAGAAGAUAUCACAAGAUUUAAAGUUUGGUUUGCACUUAAGAAUUUGACAAGUCAAGUAUGUUCAAUUUUAGGAAGACCGAAUCCAAUAUCUAUCCAAGUCAAUCAUGCAGAACCUUUAUCUAUAAAGAGAUUAUCUAAUAGUUUGAAGGAAUUAUAUAUUCAUAAAGAUAAGACACAUAUUUUAUUAAAGAUAGGAUUGAGUGAAUGUUUGCGAUUGUCAACUUUGAUGUUGAUCGAAAGCUUUAUGACUGAAAUUUCUGUAGAAGAUUUAUUAAAACUAGACGAAACAUUCAAUCAAGAAAUAAAGCAAUUGGAAAUGGCAAGAAAAGUUAUAAAAAACAAAAGAAGUUCUUUAAGUUUUGACGCUAUAACCAAUUUGCAAAAGGAAUAUGACGAAGUUAACCUUUUAAUGGAUUUGACUACCUUGCAUAUUAAUAGAGCAAAAUUAUUUGAACCUUUUAUGAAUCGGUUUGAAAAUACAAAACAAUAUGAAAAAAUCCUUAAAUGUUUAGUGGAUUCCAUAUGUAAGAGCUUAAAUUUGCUAAUAACAUUUAUUCAGAAUCAUCUUAAGAUAUUUGGAGAAAAGAGAUUGCGCUUGAAUGACAAUUCGUGGAAGCAGAAAGAUAAUGUUAAAACUAAGGAUAUGGAAAAAGAUUUAAACAACUUGGUGAAAUUUGGAAGAAUAUUUAGAGGGUAUUUUCCUUUUUUAAACCUGUUUAUCUAUCAAAUUAUUAUUGUGAUAUUUACUUUUUUGCAUUAUAAAUUCAAAGAUUUUAUUAUAAACAUUCUGUCAUCAGUUUUGAACAACAGGUUGUUGAAAAGGAUAGAAGAAAAACUAAAUUCCUUACUUCGAUUUGAUACCAUUAUCGAAACAACUUUCAAAAAUGAUUCAAAGAUGUGGCCCCCAAAUAUUUUAUACUUAAUAAAUAAAGUCCUAAUCUAUAUUAAAGCCAUAUAUAGAAAGCAGGGCGAAAGAAAGCUACAAGAGACAGAGGAAAGAAAUCAAAAGAACAGAAGUCAAGAAGACACCAAGAAGAUAUGGGGACACUGUUUUCAGGGAAUUAUGGUUCACAUUUAG